ACGGCCGGACCCAGGUAGGGCGGGAGGGACACCCACACCAGCCGGGGCACUGCCCAGCUCCCUCCACCGCCCCCCAUACCACCCAGGUCCUCACCCUCCAGCAGCAACAUGGCCCAGAGGAGCUCGGGCAGCUCAUCGGACGAGGCGUCCAGCCUCCUAGGCCACCAGCUCCACUCCAGCCUGCACCUCGACACAUCAGGGGACCCACCCCGGGGAAGAGCCCGAGACAACGCCGCCUUCCAGCCUGAGCCCCACCCCCCAGUCCAACCCCACCAGAUCGUCCUGAGCACGGAGAGCCCAGUGGCGCUCAAGGUGGGGACACAACAGGUGAUCCCCAAGGCCCUGGCAGUCGCCAGUAAGCCCAAGGGUCCUGCCCGACACCAGAGCUUUGCCUCGGUCACGCUGAGCAAGGAGGCCGCCCGCCGCAACCCCAAGCUCCUACCAGCCUCCAGCUUCUCCCAUGAUGACCUGGAUGUGGAUGUGAACUCAGGGGGGACGCUGCGGCGGAACUUACGCAACCAGUCAUACCGGGCAGCCAUGAAGGGCUUGGGGAUCCCCGGCAGGGCGGCCCCGGCCACGCAGCCCCUCCGGGCCCUGGCGGAAGAGGUCAGCCCAGCACCCAGUGCCCGCAUGCCGGCCAAGCACAAGAACACCCUGGGAAGGAAGCGGCCACAAAAGGGGUCCUUUAAAGAUGACCCCCGGUUCUACCAGGAGAUCCGGGAGAGGGGCCUCAACUCCACCAGUCAUGAGUCCGAUGAUGACCUUCUGGAGGACAGCUCCACUUCGGACAGGUCCCACAAGCCGGACCCAGACAUCGUGGUGAAGAACUACCGGCCCACUCAGGUCACCUGGAGCAAACUCCCCGAGGUUGUGGAGUCUGGCAUACUGAACCAGCUGUCCCCUGAAGAACGCAAGCGGCAGGAGGCGAUCUUCGAGAUCAUCACAUCGGAAUACUCCUACUUGCACAGCCUGAGGAUCCUGGUGAGCGAGUUCCUCCAGUCAAAGGAGCUCAAGGCCACCAUGACACAGAUCGAGAACCACCAUCUCUUUUCCAACAUCGCGGACAUCCUGGGCGCCAGUCAGAGGUUUUUUGAGGAGUUGGAGAAACGGCACCGAAAGAACGUGUGCAUUGAGGACAUCAGUGACAUCCUGGAGGAGCACGCCAACAACCACUUCCAGCCCUAUGUCGCCUACUGCUCCAACGAGGUCUACCAGCAGAGGACGCUGCAGAAGCUCACGAACUCCAACCCGGCCUUCAAAGAGGCCCUGAAAGAGAUCGAGAGGCGACCGGCUUGCGGCGGGCUCCCCAUGAUCUCCUUCCUGAUCCUGCCCAUGCAGAGGGUGACCCGCCUUCCGCUGCUGCUGGACACCAUCUGUCAGAAGACGCAGGGCCACUCGGAGGAGCAGUAUAAAGCUGCUAAUCGAGCACUGAAGGCCAUCAGCAAGCUGGUGAAGCAGUGCAACGAGGGGGCCCACAAGAUGGAGAGGACGGAGCAGAUGUACACCCUGCAAACCCAGCUGGACUUCGGCAAAGUCAAGUCCUUCCCCCUCAUCUCGGCUUCCCGCUGGCUGCUCAAGAGAGGAGAACUCACCUUGGAUUCGGGGAUUUUCCGGAAAAUCUCUGGGCGGGCCACCUGCUACCUCUUCCUGUUCAACGACGUGCUGAUUGUCACCAAGAAGAAAAGUGAGGAGAGCUACAUCGUGAUGGACCACGCCAAGACCGACCAGAUUGAGGUGAAGAAAAUCGACCAGGAUGACCCGCAGCCCCCCGCCACUGGAAAGUCAGGCGGCGGGAACCGUAGUUCCUCGGUCCCAUAUAUGUUCUGCGUGACCAUAGCCAAGAACAGCGAAGGGAAACCGGAGAAGCUGCUGCUAUCCACGGACACCCUGAGUGAUCGGGUGCGGUGGAUCACGGCCUUGGAACGCACGGAAAACAAGGAACCGGAUUUGGCCAACAAAGGUGGUCUGCAUGAGAACCAGGUGGAGGUCACCAAGGCCUACAUCGCCAAGCAGGCAGAUGAGCUCACCCUCCAGCAGGCUGACGUGGUGUUGAUUCGGCAACAGGAGGACCGCUGGCUGUUCGGGGAGCGGCUACGGGACGGGGAGAUGGGAUGGUUCCCGGAGGAGCACGCCCACCCCAUCACCAACCCCAUGGCAGUGGAGCGCAACGUCCGCAGGAUGGAGCGCCUGCGGGUCGAGACGGAUGUGUAGACCAGGCCACCGCCCAAGUCCGUGCCCGUCUACCGCCAGGUCCUUCUGGCCCUUUCGCUGCUAGCCAAGGGUGGGGACAAGUGAUCUACCUGCCCGCCCUGACCCCGGCCCCAUUACCCCACUCAGGGCUGGGGGAUGGGUGAAGAACUUCCCCCCCUUCCUCUCUUCCUACCCCUCCGGCCACCUUCGUCCCCCUGGGCCAGGGGCCAUUAAGGAGCAGAUCUGGAGUGGCCCCAGAGCAGCGGCAAGAAGUGGAGUGUGGAGAGGAGGUCCAGGAGCUCCUACUCCUGAGAAUGCAGGAACCUCCUGUCCCCUGUCCCCUAUCCCCCCGAAACCCACCUUCCCUUCCAUCCCCACCUCGAGUGGAGGCAGCUUUUGGGAGCCCGAGUUUGGAAGGUGGGGGCGGUUCUAGCUCCCCUCUUUCCUCCCCUGCCCCAGGACUCUGCCUCUCCCUGUGCAUCCUAUCCCGUGUCCUCGCCCCUCUUCAUCAUCCCCCACCUCCCAGCCUGGGAGCAGUGGUCUGGGGAGGGGCAGAAAGGGGCAGGCCCUACCCCGAGACUACCGCCGGGCCCAGACCCCCGAGGGACAGAUUCUAUCUGCCGGCCCCAGGCCCAGCCCCAACCCCAGCCCCCGGCUUGGUUUUGGGAGCUGGCUGGCCUUGUUCCAUUCGGACCUAUUGGCCGGACCUCACGGCUGCCUGGCACCGUGAGCCGCAGACACUGCCAGACACAUUGGUGGUUGAAGAUUCGAGUCUAAUAAAGGCUAUAGAGUGAGCAACGGGCAAAGUGGCGAGUGAUGGAGGAGGGAACAGGUGCGGACACCCCAUUGGCCGGAGCC